AUGACCAACCUUCUACAGAACAUAACGCUGGGAAACGCAUCAAAUCAGCAGAAGGUGAAUCAGGUAGAGGCGUUUGGGCAGGCCAUGGUUAGCUGUGUGGGCUGUGGUGAUCCUCACUUCUAUGCUAAAUGUUCAAAAAACCCUCAGUCAAAACCUGGAAAUCCAGGUAGGGCGAAUAACGAGGAGUUGAAAAACAGGCAGCCUGAAGUUCUACCUAGCAAUACUAAAACACUUGGGAAUAAAAAUGGGAAGGAGCAAUGUCACGCGGUGACGCUGCGAAGUGGAAGAGCUCUUGAAGAAAGAAGAAUGAAUUCAAGAAGUAGCAGUCCUUUGAAAGAACGCAUCACACGCUCAAUGGAUCAGGAAGAAAGAACGCCCGAGACUACAAGCCAUUCAGAACCCAGUACGUCUAACACGAGAAAGCCUAAAGUGACUUUGAACGCACCAUUUCCUAGGCGUCUGAUGAAGAAGAAUGAUGAACAACAAUUCAAGUGCUUUCUUAAGCUUCUAAAGCAGCUGCAUAUCAACAUUCCACUAAUAGAGGCUUUGGAGCAGAUGCCAACAUAUGUCAAAUUUUUUAAGGACAUUUUGACAAAGAAGAGAAGAGUCAGUGAGAAGGAAGUAAUAGUGCUAAUGGAGGAGUGUAACACGUUAGUAAGCAAUAGUCUACCAAAGAAGCGGAGCUUCACAGUUCCUUGUUCGAUAGGAGGAUUGGAUGUGGGUCAUGCUUUGUGUGAUCUAGAAGCCAUCAUUAAUCUCAUGCCACUUUCAAUUUUUAAGAAAUUGAGGAUUGGCGAAGCACAACCCACUUCUGUUACUCUUCAGCUCGCUGACAGAACAAUUAAGUACCCAGGAGGGAAGAUUGAAAAUGUUCUAGUGAAGGUUGACAAUCUCAUAUUCCCAGCAGACUUUAUUAUCUUGGACUAUGAAGUAGAUAGGGAGGUACCAAUUAUCCUUGGAUGCCCCUUCUUAGCUACUGGGAAAGUUUUAAUUAACGUGCAUAAAGGCGAAUUAACUAUGCGCGUGGACAAUGAGGAGGUGAAGUUUAAUGUGCUCAACGCAAUAAAAUUCCCAGAUAGUGAAGAUUGUCAACUAAACAGUAUUUAG